AUGCCCUUCCGCCCCUCGCUACCGCGCCGCUGUCCCUUUGACCGCAAGCUCACCUCCUUCCUAUCCGCUGUCGCCUCCCUCGCCGACACCCGCUCGCCCCCGGCCUCGCCGCCGGCCGGCGCAGUGCCUGCAGCUCUCACCCCCACCGCUUACAACGCCCUUAUGUCCGCCUACUCCCGCGCCGGCCGCCACGACGAGGUUCUUCGCCUCUUCCGCUCCCUUCCUUUCCCGCCUACCGCGCCACUCUUCACCACCCUCAUCUCCUCCCUCGCCGCCUCCGGCAGCAAAAGCGCUGCGUUGGACGCAUUCUCCCUCCUUGCUUCCGGCCUCGGACCAACCACCUCCGCUUUCACCGCGCUGCUUAAGACCAUCGACGCUGCCCCAUCCGAGUCGGUGUACCGCGCCUUCUUCGGAACCAUGGCUGCUAUGGGGUGCGCCCCUGACGCUGCCACGUACAACUGCCUCAUUUGGAUGCUCUGCGAUUCCCAGCGGUUGGACGAGGCAUGGGGCGUCCUUGACAGCAUGCUAGAGGAAGGCGUCUGCCCCACCGUCCGCUCCUACACCGCGAUACUGCACGGGUACUGUAAGCAGGGCAGGGUCCUCGAGGCAGAGAGGUUAGUUGAUACCAUGAUCCAAGUCGGGUGCGCACCGGAUGUCAUCUCAUACAGUGUGCUCAUCCAGGGGCUUUGUCGUGUAGGGGAAUUUGGCAAGGUAGAAAGAAUUUUAGGGGAGAGUGAGGCGAAGGGGUGGACGCCGAAUGCUGUUACCUAUAAUAUUUACAUGUCUGCCCUGUGCAGAAUGGGUUUCUUGGAUGAGGCAUUCCGGCAAGUAGAUGUUAUGCUUAGCAGAGGAGUGUCCAUGACCAUUGUGACUGUGAAUAUUCUCUUCGAUUGCUUGUGCCGUGAUUCAAUGUUUUCAGAAGCAGUGUCCUUGCUGGAAUACCGCGAAGAACUCAACUGGAAUGUUGAUGUGUUCUGCUAUAACACUCUGAUGAGUAGGCUUUGCGACGCUGGUGAUUUUGCUAGAGUCCUGAAGCUGUUGGUUGAUCUUGUAAAGAAGGGAAUUGGGCCAGAUAUGUUUAGUUUCACUAUUGCAAUCCGGAGCCUCUGUAGGGCUGGGAAAUUCAAGGUGGCAAAAUGCCUAUUGGAUAAUAAGGGUAUUGAAUAUGAUGCUGUGGCAUUCAAUACUUUGAUUCAUGGUUUGUGCAUGGCUGGUGAUCUCCAUGAAAUGUUGCAAACUUAUAUGGAUAUGACCAGUAGAAAUGUUUCUCCAAACAACUUUACCAUUGGUAUGGUAAUUGACAGUUUCUGCAAAAAGCAAGAGUUUGGUGCAGCAAUCGAAGUUUUUCUUGAAUAUUCAGAAGGAUGUUUGGUUCCUGAUCAUUUUUUUCGCCUGAAUAAUUGGUUGGUAAAAGCAAAAAGAUGGGAAUAUUUACUGACCCUGCUCCGUGCAAUGCGUUCUAAAGGUCUUGUGCUAGAUGUUUGCUUAUUCAAUUCAUUGGUUAGGAUGUUUUGCUGGGAGGGGUACUGUAAGAGUGAGACUUUCUAUGAAGUUUCUCUUAUACUUGACAGUAUGCUGGAAUGUCUCUCCAGCAAACAGCACAAGUCAGCCAGUGAUGUAACUGUAUAA